AUGGAAGGAGCCGAGGACCCCCCUCUUCCUGCAGCGAGGGCCCAGAGGAUAAAAGCCAUUCAGACAGUAUUCAGGACACCUCCACCGGGCCAGCUUGAUGCUGCUCAAGUACGUCGAGCAUGUACCUCAGCCAACACCAAGAAAGCCUAUCAAAGCUACAUGAACGGCGUCACCAAGUGGGUAAAAGCGACACAAGAUUCUGCUGAUCGGUUCUUUAAUCAAGAUGGAAGUCUUAAUCUGACUACUUUUACGCCUGAGCAUUUCGAGAACUUUCUUAUGUACAUGAUGAACGGAGGGAAGCACAAGGUCUCGACGCUAAGCGGAUACAGGAGUGCUUUGAAAGAUGCGUAUCGACAGCAGCGAAUGGAAGUUCCACGUGAGUAUAUGGGCGAGCUUAAAACGCUAUUUCAAGGUUUGCAACGAGUGGAAGCAGAGACUAUUCAAGAUGGUCAUGAACGUAAGCCGGGUAAAGAGCCCCUUACGUUUUCGCUCUAUGUGCAGCUUGCUGAACUCUCGAUCAAACAGAACGAUAAUGGAUUUAUCCAUUUAUUUUUACUGACCCAGUGGAAUUUAAUGUGUCGAUCGCGUUCUGUCGAAACCCUACAUACCUCGCAUCUACACUACUCGGAUGAUAGUGUGGGGUUUGUUCUACACAAGACCAAGACAAAUCAAGAAGGAUCGGGACCUAAAGACCCCAGGCACGUGUAUGCUAAUCCUCUACAGCCUGCGUGUUGUUGGAUGCUUGCUUUCGGCUUAUUCCUUGCGUCCAACCCAGCACUUUCGCCGGGUAAGCUAUUCCCUGGUUCAAAUCAAAAGGCGAGGUUCUCCAAGACUCUCGGAAAUAUGUUGGAGGAGCUAACUGGUCAGAAGAUUUACGGGACACAUUCAAUUCGAAAGGGAGUGGCAACAUUUGCUAGUAGUGGGAGCACAGGAGGCCCUUCGGUUGUAAGUGUAUGCCUACGGUGUGGUUGGUCAAUGGGGGGCGUCCAGGACCGGUAUUUCCGAUAUGAAGCCGCCGGUGAUCAGUAUUUGGGUAGGGUGGUAGCUGGGCUCCCUCAAAACAGCUCUCAAUUCGCCGUUUUGCCACCCCACUUUGUUGAUCCGAACUCUACAUUGGUUACCGAGUCUUUGGCAAGGAUGUUCCCUUCAAUGUACCAGAACGCGCAUAUUGCACCUGUUUUAAAGCUAUGCCUAGCUUCAGUUAUCAAACAUUACGACUACUUGGUGGAAAAGUUGAGCUCGAAACACCCAAUGCGUUCUAGUUACGUAUUCUGCAAUCCAAGUAUAUUGAGCGAUCUUUGCAAAUUGCUGGUGGUGGGACGGACUUCUUGGAUGAGACCGACUGGAAUUCCCCCACAAGUGGAGCUAUUUCAACAGCAUGCUGAGACUCGAAAAUCCCUACAACAGCUACCAAGUCUGCUGCUUGAUGGAUUCUCAAAACUGCUGGAUGAAAAAUGUAUUGGAGGGCAAAGUCUCACACGAGAUACACUCGCAAUGACUAUUAAGUCGAUGCUACAAGAGGCUGGUUUGUGGAAAUCGCAAGAUUCCACGGCGCAGCAAAGGCCUCAACCAGAUCCUCUCAAUACUAUUUAUCACUGGCGGUCAGACGGCCAUUUCCAUCGGCUUCCUGAAGAUUUCGACUUCCCCCAACUUGAUGCCCUCGGUGUUUGGCGGAUGUGGUGGCUGGGCAACCCUGCAUGCGGUUACCCGCCGUUCCGGGCACUUCAACCGACAGAUUUCACAAAACGCAACCGCAAAAUGUACUCGGAAUGGGCAGUACUUGUUCGCCAUAUAACAACGGCAAUUGAGGCUAAACUUGGCACUCCUAUGCAGAAGCUUCGCUCGCAUGAAGACGUCGACAGUCUUUUCAAGCUGGGUUUGGCAAAUAUUGCUUUAAAACAGUCUACAAGUUCAGCAAAACAGCGGCCGGAGCGUGCGGUAACGACACUGCGAAGGAUUCGAGAGGCAAUCCACGACGCCAACCCCACGGCACGCACAGUACCACACCGGCAUAGAAAAAGAAACAGAAAGAGUUAG